GCGCUCUGGGCGGGGAAUCGGCCGUUUCCGGUUCCGCCGCCCUCUUUCUCUUCAACGAGGCGGCCGAGAGGACACAGCAAUGCAGAUCUUCGUGAAGACCCUGACUGGCAAGACUAUCACCCUCGAGGUCGAGCCCAGUGACACCAUCGAAAAUGUCAAAGCCAAAAUCCAGGACAAGGAGGGCAUCCCACCCGACCAGCAGCGGCUGAUCUUCGCGGGCAAGCAGCUGGAGGACGGCCGCACCCUGUCAGACUACAACAUCCAGAAAGAGUCCACGCUGCACCUGGUGCUGCGGCUGCGCGGCGGCAUCAUCGAGCCGUCCCUGCGGCAGCUGGCGCAGAAGUACAACUGCGACAAGAUGAUCUGUCGCAAGUGCUACGCGCGCCUGCACCCGCGCGCCGUCAACUGCCGCAAGAAGAAGUGCGGCCACACCAACAACCUGCGCCCCAAGAAGAAGGUCAAGUAGCCAAUAAACGCCCCCAGGCCGAGCAGCA